AUGGCACAGGACAAAAUGGAACUAGGUUUGGAGCUGCUUCCAGGUUCCACCAGCACACACUGCAACAUCCUGAGACGAUCCAACAGCGCCCCUUUGAUCAAUGGACUUAGUGACAACUCACAGGUGUUCCAAACUGACACGUUAAAAAUUAGAAGAAACAGUACAACAUUUAUGAGUCAACAGUGUCUGGAAGAAGUCAUGGAUUUGACAAAUAGAGAAACACUGCAUGAAUGGGAGCUACAAACUGCACUACAGAUGAGUCAAUCUUGGGACGAAAGUUUCAACCUGAAUGACAAUGAUCCAGAGGCAUCGACCUCCCCAAAGUGCAUUGAUUCAAUUCCGGUAUCCCCAGCGGUUUCUCCCACCAGGGGGAUUGAGAAGCAAUGUUUUUCUCCAUCUUUACAUACUUGUGUGAGUUGCACCAGUUUGCCUCCAAGUCCUAUUCCCAGUCCUUCACGACAAUUUACAAAUAGGAGAAGUCAAAGCCCCACCAACACUCUUAGACCAAGUAUCCUCGGAAAAAGAAAAGAUGAAAUGGCACUUGAACAUCAGCCAAAGAGGUUUUUCCAAGGCACAACCAACAUGCUUUCUUCUGAUACUUCCCAACUGUUAGAAAAAAAUAUGUGUCUAUCUUCAGACACUCUUCACAGAAACAGCAGCAGUGCUGGAUCGUCUGGUGAUUCACCAGCUGAAAUCAGCGCUGUCACAAACUCUCCUGUGUCACCUUUUCAUACUGGUUCUCCAUUUAUAAUAGUAGAUGAGCUUUCAACUAAAUGA